ACUUAAAGAGCUUCCCCUGCUCUGAGCCCCCUUUUAUUCCAGACUUCUCAGUGUGGGUCUGCGCGUCCCUCCGAUGUCUUUGGGUGUGUCCGCCAGAGAGUGGAGCGUCUCCGUCUGCGUUUCCCCGUUCCUCCGGCGGACUGUCUUCCCCUGCCAUCCCCGCCUCCCCUCACUCCUUUUCUUCCUCCCUCCCUCCCUCCUUGUGGGGAGGCUCUUGGCCCGGGUCCCUGAGCCCGGGCGGGUGCUGGCGGAGGACGCAGAAGGGGUGAGGUCACGUCUCCCUUGAGCCCCGCGCCGCUGGCUUUUCAGACCCUCGCCGCUAGCCGACCGCCAGAGCCCUAGACCGCGCCGACGGUGCGCUCCUCCGCCCUCCCUGCGCCCAUGUCUCAGUACGCCCCCAGCCCGGACUUCAAGAGGGCUUUGGACAGCAGUCCCGAGGCCAACACUGAGGAUGACAAGACUGAGGAGGACGUGCCCAUGCCCAAGAACUACCUGUGGCUCACCAUCGUCUCGUGUUUUUGCCCUGCGUACCCCAUCAACAUCGUGGCUUUGGUCUUCUCCAUCAUGUCUCUGAACAGCUACAACGAAGGAGAUUACGAAGGAUCCAGGCGGCUUGGGCGGAAUGCCAAGUGGGUAGCCAUCGCUUCCAUCAUCAUUGGCCUUAUCAUCAUCGGCAUUUCUUGUGCAGUUCACUUCACAAGAAAAGGGGCUGGAAAAGCCUGACUUAGGGAGUACAAACCUGAAGAUGAACCAAAAAGCCAGGAAUAUUGCCUGAGGAGCCAGCUGUCGGUGGACUGAAAGUGUGGAGGAUGGACCUCAUCCACACACACCCCAAAGGAGUUUCUGAGGAAUGGAUCCUUGACUUCAGACUGUGAGAUCUUUU